AUGUCCGCCCUCCGUGCCCUCCGCCCCGCCCUCCGCUCUGUCCGCGCCGCCCAGGUUGCGCGCGUCGCCGUCGCCGCCCGCCCCGUCGCCAUGCGCGCGUUCUCCGUCUCGUUCCCCGCCCGUGGAAGCGGCGAGAGCGACGGCGAGCUCGCUGCUGCCCUUGCUUCUGAGCACGCCUACGAGACCGAGGCCGCCUCGGACGAGAAGCCCGCUUUCCUCAAGGAGCUGCUGAACGAGGGUGUCUGGUCGCUCGCCGACGAGCCCGCCAACGACGAUGUCGUCCUGACCCGCAAGUUUGGUGACGAGACCAUCAAGCUCACCUUCCAAGUCUCGGACCUGGACGAGUCCGAGCCGAUGGACGGCGUGGACUCGAACGGGGAGGCGAUCGACGGCGUCUCGCCGCCGUGCAUCACGACGACGUGCCUGCUCUCCAAGUCGGCCUCGCCCAAGUCGCUCCUGAUCGACCUCGGCGCGCACCCCGACGGAUUCGAGAUCACCAACGUCGCCAUCUACGACAAGGCGCUGGCUGAGAAGACGGGCGCCGACGCGGACUGGACCCGCCGAUCCCUGUACAUGGGCCCGCACUACGACACGCUCGACACGAGCGUGCAGGACGCGUUUGCGGGAUUCCUGGCCGAGCGUGGGGUUGAUGAGGCGCUCUCCAACUUCAUCGUCCAGUACUGCGAGUACAAGGAGCAGAAGGACUACAUCUCGUGGCUCGCCGGCGUCAAAGACUUCAUCAAGGCGUAA